AAUAUGUUAUCAAUAUAGCACAAGGGCCACAAUGAAAUAGAAAAGCUAGAUAGUGUUAAAAGACCUUUACAAAAGACCAGACCAAAUCGCCACCGUGACGUUGAUUUUAAAAGGCCUCAAAAGGAAGGAUGGUCUUCCUAAAGUUGUUGUUAAUAUGCAUCUUGAUAAAGAGUACGGCUUCAUUAGAAUGCUUCAGCUGUCCAAGUAUUACUGAUUUGAAUGCGUGUAACAGAACUUUGGCAUGUGGAGAUGGUGAGGCCUGUUACCAGAACACUUCAUCAUCCAGUCAAGGACAGAUAUUCAGUUUAGGCUGUAUUGCUAAUAAGCGAUGUGAUGCGCAUGGCAAUAUUCCAAGUACCAUAGUUGGUAGAGGUGUAAACAAAAGGCAGACAACAAAUUGCCUUGAAUGCUGUUCAACAGAUCACUGCAAUAAACAUUUAUGUGAACACCUGAAACCUCAAGCAUGUAUUGAUGACGAAUCAAUGGAUUGUGCGAGACUCAACUCUUUGUUUAGCAUUUGUAAUGAUAUCAGCCAGGCUAAGAAAGUAUGUCCAAAGUUUUGUGGAUUAUGCAAUGUUGUUGAUGGAAAUUGGACUCCUUGGUCCAAUUGGUCCCACUGUGAUGUGACAUGCGAAAAUGGAGUCCAGACGCGUACCAGAUCAUGUACGAAUCCUGCACCAAAAUACGGUGGUCAGAAUUGCAUCGGAAAUAGUACAGAUGUAAAAGUGUGCAUGCUAGAACUGUGUCCUGUGCACGGAGGUUGGAGUCUUUGGGCAGAAUGGGGAAAGUGUUCGGUUACGUGCGACAUGGGUUUGCAGAGUCGCAGCAGAGAUUGUUCUAAUCCGGUCCCAAAUCGGUUUGGUGACCACUGUUUCGGUCAGAAUCGAGACACACGUCUCUGUAUGCCGAUGGCUUGUUCAAAUGGUGGAUGGAGUGAUUGGGAGCUCUGGAGUACUUGCAGUGUCACUUGUGGGGGAGGGGUUCAGUCAAGAUACCGAUCCUGUACCAACCCACGACCAUCGCCAUACGGAAAAUACUGCCAAGGAACUCACAGUCAAACAGAGUCGUGUGCUGGUAUAAACUGCGAAACAAAGCAUUGCACCUCAAACCCGUGUGCUAAUGGUCAGUGCUACGAGGUCUUGCAUGAUUAUUUAUGUUCUUGUGAUGAUGGCUACAAAGGACGUAAUUGCAAUAUUUCUUCAACCCAUUGUCAGCCAAAUCCAUGUGUCCAUGGGUCAUGUAUGGAUCUACGAAAUGGCUAUUUAUGCACAUGUGAUCAAGGCUACGAAGGUCGAAACUGUAACAUUUCAAAUUCGUUGUGUAAAUCCAGUCCUUGUAUCCAUGGAAAAUGUUUCGAUAGUAGCGACGGCUUUGUUUGUGUUUGCGAUGAUGGUUACAGAGGAAAACAGUGCAACAUAUCCAUCGACCACUGCUUGACAAAGCCCUGUCUCAGAGGGAAUUGUGUCAAUGGCAUAUCUAACUACACGUGCAGCUGCCCAGCGGGAGUAACUGGCCGACAUUGUGAAACAGUGCCUGCUUCUGAUUGUUAUGACAUCAAGCAAAUGUCCCUUGGUUACAAAAAUGGCAUAUAUGGUGUAAAACUAUGGAAGUCUCAUACCUAUCUAGAAGUUCUUUGCGAUUUAGAGACUGCUGAUGGUGGAUGGACGGUGUUUCAACACAGGUUUAAUGGUUCAGUUGACUUUUAUCGGAAUCAUGCCAGCUACACUAUUGGCUUUGGAAAUUUAACAGGAGAGUUUUGGCUAGGUCUCCAUUAUAUAUCUGAGUUAUCGUCAAAGAACAAAACUGAACUGCGAAUAGAUGUAGAAGCUGCUGAUGGUACGAAAGCCUUUGAAGAGUACACAAACUUCCGUUUAACCGAUCCAGAUUACAAACUGCAAAUUGACAAAGGGUUUGGUACUGCUGGCGAUAGUACAGGCCUAUAUUACAGCGUUGGUCGCAGAUUCUCAACAUAUGAUCAUGAUGUUGAUGACGACUCUAAUUCCAAUAACGCACAGCGUUGCAAAGGCGGAUGGUGGUACUGGUAUAGUCCAUGUGCCUAUGUAAAUUUAAAUGGGGAAUACGUAACACCUGGAAGCGUAGAUCCAUCCGAUGGCGGAUUGGCGGGAAUGAUAUAUAACAAUUUUAAGGGACUCGAGUCUCUUAAAUCGUCGAAAAUGAUGAUCAGGCGUACAUAAACAAUUAAAAGCAUACAUAAAAUAUCUUUUCAAGAAAGAAUUAUA